AUGCGGUCCACGUCCAUCUUCGCAGUCUGCGCAACGACGCUGCUGCAAACUGCUCUCUCAUCACCUAUUCACGCACAUCAUCCCCAUCAAUCAUUCCCUAGUGCGGAACAAUGGCCCUUGCCAGUUGUCGGCAAGCCGCUGGAGCAACAAAUGCCGGACGAUGACCUUCAAGAUAUCAUUUCGCAGAUAUCACGCGAUAACAUUGAGGCUACAAUCCGAAAACUUGCCUCGUUCGGCACACGUCAUACCCUGUCAAGUCAAACCGACCCGGACCGAGGUAUCGGCGCUGCGAGAACAUGGCUUACAGCCAAGUUUCAAGAAGCAGCUGACGUGAGUGAAGGCCAGAUGACCGUAGACUGGAACAGCUUCAUCAAGUAUCCUGGAGAUAACGAACGCAUCAUCUUCCCGGUCAACAUCACCACAGUUGUAGCAACACUGAAGGGCAGUGAGGACCCAGAUCGCGUCUACGUAACAGGCGGGCAUUAUGACUCGCGCAAUAGCGACCCUAUCGACUACCAAGGCGAUGCUCCAGGCGCAGUGGACGAUGCUUCGGGCGUUGCGGUUUCCCUAGAACUUGCCCGCAUCUUUGCGCAUUACAAGCCCAAGACUACCAUCGUAUUCACAGCUUUCGCAGGCGAAGAACAAGGUCUGCUCGGCGCGGAAAACCUAGCACAAACCUACAAGAAUGCUUCUGUCAACAUAGCUGGUAUGAUAAACCUCGACAUGGUUGGUAACUCCAAGGCCGCAGACGGCACUAUCGAUCCUUACAAUAUUCGCCUCUUCUGCCAGGGCACACCUCUGACAGAGAACUCCACAACAACUACAUCCCGUCUCAGCAUUGGCGGCGACAACGACAGCCCUGCUCGCAACCUAGGUCGCUUCAUCUAUGAAGUAGCUUCCAACGCCUUCACUGAAAUGACAGUGCGCCUCAUUUAUCGCCUAGAUCGCUAUAGCAGAGGCGGCGACCACCGCCCUUUCCUAGAAGCAGGCUAUACAGGUGUCCGUUUCGUCCAACCCAAUGAAGACUACACACAGCAGCACCAAAAUGUCACUGUCCGCAACGGCAAGCAAUAUGGUGACCUAGUCGAAUGGCUGGACUUCGAGUACAACACCCGCGCCGCUAAAGUCGUAGCGUCCACAAUGUGGAGUCUAGCCAACGCGCCUGGCGAGCCUACAAACGUCGGUAUCAACACCACAACAUCCGACAACUUCAGCCAAUUCAAGUGGGAUGCGCCGAAAGGCUUGCCAGUGGAAGGUUAUGAGAUCCUGUACCGUGAUACUAUCGAACCGCACUGGACGAAUGUGAUUGAGGUAGGCAAUGUAAAUUGGUUUAAUCUUACAUCUGCGACGAUCCAUAAGGAUAAUGUCAUCUUUGGGGUGAGGAGUGUAGGGAAAGGAGGUUAUAAGAGUCCGGCGGUCUUGCCGUUUCCGUUUGGAUGUACGCGGAAUUGCUAG